ACACUGCCUGCAUAGUGACACUGGUAGAUAGUAGCGAGCUAGCUGGAGUGACAGUACUGUCAGUGUGAGCUAGCUAGGAACUAAUGGCGCGUGCUUGCCGGCGAUGGGGGGUGGUGGCGGCGGUGGUUGUGUUGGCCGCGUCCGCCGGCGCGGCGGUGGCGGCGCCGCAGGUGCCGUGCUACUUCGUGUUCGGGGACUCGCUGGUGGACAACGGCAACAACAACGACAUCGUGUCGCUGGCGCGCGCCAACUACCCGCCCUACGGCAUCGACUUCGCCGGCGGCCCCACCGGCCGCUUCAGCAACGGCCUCACCACCGUCGACGUCAUCUCUAAGCUUCUGGGGUUCGACGACUUCAUCCCGCCGUUCGCCGGCGCGAGCAGCGACCAGCUGCUCACCGGCGUGAACUUCGCGUCGGCGGCGGCGGGGAUCCGGGAGGAGACCGGGCAGCAGCUGGGGGCGCGGAUAAGCUUCAGCGGGCAGGUGCAGAACUACCAGUCGGCGGUGCAGCAGCUGGUGAGCAUCCUCGGCGACGAGGACACGGCGGCGGCGCACCUGAGCCAGUGCAUCUUCACCGUCGGCAUGGGCAGCAACGACUACCUCAACAACUACUUCAUGCCGGCGUUCUACAACACCGGCAGCCAGUACACGCCGGAGCAGUACGCCGACGACCUCAUCGGCCGGUACACCCAGCUGCUCCGCGCCAUGUACAGCAACGGCGCGAGGAAGGUGGCGCUCGUCGGCGUCGGCCAGGUCGGGUGCAGCCCCAACGAGCUGGCCCAGCAGAGCGCCAAUGGCGUCACCUGCGUCGAGCGGAUCAACAGCGCCAUCAGGAUGUUCAACCAGAAGCUGUCCGGCCUCGUCGACCAGUUCAACACGCUGCCCGGAGCCCACUUCACCUACAUCAACAUUUACGGCAUCUUCGAGGACAUCCUCAGGAGCCCCGGAUCCCACGGUUUGAAGGUGACCAACCAGGGGUGCUGCGGGGUGGGGAGGAACAACGGGCAGGUGACAUGCCUGCCGUUCCAGACGCCAUGCGCCAACCGCCACGAGUACGUCUUCUGGGACGCCUUCCACCCCACGGAGGCGGCCAACGUGCUCGUCGGCCAGAGGGCGUACGCCGCGCGCCUGCCGUCCGACGUCCACCCCGUGGAUCUCCGCACCCUCGCGCGCCUCUAGGGCAAGCCACCCUCACACGAUUGUCUUAAGAAAAAAAAAAUGCUAUUCCUAGCUCAGAUAUAUGCCACAAUAGUACUAUAUAGAUAUUGUGAUUUUUUUUGGAGGGUUUCA